CAAUCUCUUUCUUUCGAUUACAAUUCCCCCCACAGCCCUCCCUCAAACCGACGUCUGAACGAAGGGUUUGGGGAUUCGGAGUUUUUGUGAAUUUCUUUAAAUUUCAUGGCUGAUCGUAACCUGGCGGUCGUCAAGCCGAUAUGGAUGAAGCAAGCUGAAGAAGCAAAACUGAAGAGUGAGGCCGAAAAAGCCGCUGCUGCCAAGGCAGCAUUUGAGGCUACGUUCAAGGAUGUGGAUAAGAACCGUGAAGCUACUGUAGCGUCAUCUGAUAGUGACGGCGAGGAGGAAGCGGAAGACUUAGCAAAUAAGCCUAUCGGCCCAGUGGAUCCCACCAAGUGCAUGGCUGCUGGGACUGGAAUUGCAGGUGGCACGGCUUGCGCGCCAUCAUCAUUUGUGGUGGUGACAAAGGAUGCAGAUGGAAGGAAAGUGCUGCAUGGUGGGGCCCAGAUUAGUGUGAAGGUUGCCCCUGGAGUGGGGGUUGGGGGAUCGGAGCAGGAUGGAAUUGUGAAGGAUAUGGGAGACGGGUCAUACACUGUCACAUACGUGGUUCCAAAGAGAGGGAAUUACAUGGUAAAUGUCGAGUGUAAUGGGAAACCCAUCAUGGGUAGUCCGUUCCCAGUGUUCUUCAGUGCAGGCACCACUACUGGAGGGCUGCUGGGUUUGGCUCCAGCAGCCUCAUUUCCGAAUUUAGUUAACCAGACCAUGCCUAACAUGCCAAAUUACUCUGGUUCUUUCUCGGGGGCUGUCCCGGGGUUGCUUGGAAUGAUUCCAGGAAUUGUUCCUGGUGCUUCUGGUGGGGCAGUUUUGCCUGGUAUUGGGGCAUCUCUUGGGGAAGUGUGCCGAGAAUAUCUUAACGGACGGUGUGCGAAAACAGAUUGCAAGUUCAGUCACCCGCCUCACAACUUGUUAAUGACUGCAUUAGCUGCCACAACGACCAUGGGAACUCUCAGUCAAAUGCCCAUGGCACCUUCUGCAGCUGCAAUGGCUGCUGCUCAGGCCAUUGUUGCUGCUCAAGCACUUCAAGCCCAUGCUGCUCAGGCGCAAGCUCAAGCUCUGUCCACCAGAGACUCUUCUGGAUCAUCUGACGGAGAGUGCAAGUCUGAUUCCCUGAAGAAAACUCUACAAGUUAGCAACCUCACUCCACUUCUCACAGUGGAUCAGUUGAAACAACUUUUUAGUUUUUGUGGCACGGUGGUUGAUUGUACUAUCACCGAUUCCAAGCAUUUUGCUUACAUAGAAUAUUCAAAACCUGAAGAAGCAACUGCUGCUUUGGCAUUGAACAAUAUAGAGGUUGCGGGUCGCCCACUGAAUGUUGAAAUGGCAAAAUCACUACCUCCUAGACCAGCAAUAUUGAAUUCACCACUGUCUUCAUCCAGUUUGCCUGUGAUGAUGCAGCAAGCAGUUGCAAUGCAACAGAUGCAUUUUCAGCAGGCUCUUGUAAUGCAACAGACAAUGGCUGCACAGCAGGCAGCUAGCCGAGCUGCAACCAUGAAGUCUGCGACAGAUCUAGCAGCAGCUAGAGCUGCAGAAAUCAGUAGGAAGUUGAAAGCUGAUGGACUUUUGCCAGAAGAUGAGGAAACAACACAAAAAUCUAGGUCACCAUCCACCACCCGUGCAAGGUCAAGAUCCAAGUCUAGAUCUCCUGUCAGUUAUCGCCGAAAGCGAAGGUCUCGCUCUUUUUCACCUCGUCCCCGUGUCUCAAGAGAUCAUAGAUCCAGAUCACCAUUUAGGUCUCGCAAUUACUCCCGCUAUGAAAGUGAAAGGCGGUCAUAUAGGGAUGUUAGGGAUAGCAGUGAGAAAAGUAGAAGGCAGGAUUCGGAUCGCUUACAUGAUCAUCAUUCUUCUGCUUUGAGGAGAUAUAGGAGUAGGAGCACUAGUCCUCUAACCAGAAAGUCAUAUCGAGAUGAUUCAGAGUCGCCAAAACGUCGCCGAGAAAGUCCAACACAUAGGACUAGGAAAUCUUCUCGUGCAGCUUCAAGAUCUCCAGAGCACCGGAGGGGAAGUAGGUCAUCCCCAAGGAGUGAUGAUGAAAUAAAACCAAAACACAGGAGGAGUUCCAGAUCAAAAUCUGCAGAAGGUAAGCAUCGCUCCAAUGAUAAAGUUGAUGAAAGCAGAGAAAGAAAGUCGAAGCACCGCAGGCGCUCCAGGUCGGCCUCAGCAGAAGAUAAGGGUCACAGACGAAGUAGAUUGUCUGCAAGAGUUUUGGACGAAAGUAAAUCAAAACACAAAAGGCGUUCUAGGUCCAAAUCUCCACAAGAUAAGAAUCAGUCAAGUAAUAAAAAUGACAGAAGUAGAGAAGAGAAAUCAAAGGACCAUGGCAGAAGGCGGUCCAGGUCAAAAUCCUGUGAAAAUAAGCGGCACAAGGGAAGUAGGAUGUCACCAAGACAUUCAGAUGAACACAAACCAAAAUACCGAAGGCGCUCAAGGUCAAAAUCUGCAGAAAAUAAAAAUCACUCGAAUGAUAAUGGAAUAUAUGAAAAUACAAAACAACAUGAUAGAGAACCUGUCAAGUAUGAGGAUUUCGGUGCUGAACUUGAUCUCAAUUUCAAGGAUUCAAUGAAUGUAAAGGAUGAUGGGACACCAGUUUCUCUGUCAUCGACUUACAAGGGCUCCUUGGUUACAAAAAAUGACAAUGGGAAAGUUGUCAACAAUGAGGAUGAUUACAACAAUUCUGGGGGGGAUGACAGUGAUCAUGAGAAAACUGACGCUAUCACGAGUGAACAACUUAGAGCUGAAGGAAUGUGA